AUGGCUCCAUGCCAGGAGGGCGGGGGGGCCGCGCGCGCGUCUUCGCCCGGUGGCGGCGGCGGGAGCGCGCUCCCCGCCCGCCCUUUCAUCUGCUCCUUCCCCGACUGCGAUGCCACCUUCAACAAGGCCUGGAGGCUGGACGCUCACCUCUGCCGGCACACGGGCCAGAGGCCGUAUGUUUGCGAGUACGAAGGCUGCGGUAAAGGUUUCACGAGAGAUUUUCACCGCGCUCGACACCUUCUUACGCACACUGGGGAAAAGCCGUUUGCGUGCACAGCUGAUGGAUGCAAUCAGAAAUUUGGAACAAAAGCGAACUUAAAGAAGCACAUUGAGCGCAAGCAUGAAAAUCAGCAAAAGCAAUAUGUGUGCGACUUUGAAGGCUGUAACAAGUGUUUCAGGAAACAUCAACAACUUAAAGUUCAUCAAUGUCACCACACCAAUGAACCUCCCUUCAAAUGUAAUAAUGAAGGAUGUGGAAAGUACUUUUCUACUCCAAGUCGACUAAAGCGACACGAGAAGAUACAUGAAGGCUAUGCGUGCAAGAAAGAAAACUGCUCAUAUACUGGAAAAACUUGGACAGAGCUUCUGAAACAUAAUAAAGUCAGUCAUACAGAGCCGAUAGUUUGCAAUCAGUGUUGCAAAACUUUUAAACGGAAAGAUUACCUCAAGCAGCAUCAAAAAACACAUGCUGUGGUGAGGGAAGUCUGCCGGUGCCCGAGAGAAGGAUGUGGGAGAACUUACACAACUGUAUUUAACCUUCAAAGUCAUAUCCUCUCUUUUCAUGAGGAGAAAAAACCAUUCUCCUGUGAUUAUCCAGGCUGUGGAAGAGUGUUUGCAAUGAAGCAGAGCCUAGCAAGGCACACAGUUGUACAUGAUCCUGACAAGAGAAAGCUGAACUCAAAAGCAAAGCGUUCUCGUCCUAAGAGGAGCUUAGCCUCUCGCCUGAGUGGCUACAUUCCUCCUAAAACGCAGCCAGGAAAGGAUGUGGUUGUGACAGAAAGCAAGACAAUGGAUAAGCCCACGGAAAAUGAAAUACCAACUGUUGAAAUUCUGACUCUGCAGUAA